AACUUGUUGAACUGUAUGCUGGAUAAAAACCAAUCAUUGCUAUUCCGUGUGCUGUCAUAAAUUAAUAAUUCAUAAAAGAGUGGUUAUGUAAAACUUAUUAUUCUUUAGUGAGGCAAGCAAAACCUAUCUCACCUAUAUACAAAAAAAACACACCUGUGUCAACAAACAAAUUGUUGGUUUCAUAUAAGCAAAGCAACAGUUGCCGUUGCAUUCAUAUGUUUAUAAACCAGCAGCUCAGCAGUUGAUUUGCUUUCGUGUCAGAUGUCAAUAUAGCUGGAUUCUCUGUGAGUUACGGAUCGCCUGUUAGGAAGUUGCAAUAUGUGCUUGUUAAAUGCAUAUUUUGCAAUACUCAUCAUUCUUAGUGUUAGCGUAUUUGCCAGCAAAGAUUCUCAAGAUGGCUUUGCUGUUGGACGGAAUGAGUUAACAUACCGCACUGAGGAACUAUCACAUGAAAAAUUUUUGGCCUACGCUCCACUCUCGGAUGUACCACACUUACGAAAAGUUACCAAUAAUUUACUUAUUCCGCGAGUUGUUGGCACAACCGGACACACGCAAGCACGAGACUAUAUAACGAGUAAUUUGCGUGAACUUAAUUGGUCCGUUGAAUAUGAUAAAUUCCAUGACACAGCGCCUAUUUUGGGAAAAUUGCAUUUUCAUAAUAUCAUAGCAAAACUCAAUCCAGAUGCUGAGCGUUAUUUAGUGUUUGCAUGUCAUUAUGAUAGCAAGUAUUUUGAAGAUUUUGAAUUUAUUGGCGCAACAGACUCCGCAGUGCCAUGUGCCAUGCUACUGAAUAUGGCACACGUUUUACAAACGGCGCUUGAACAAUUCCGUAAGACAAAACUAAGCUUAAUGUUUAUAUUUUUCGAUGGCGAAGAAGCUUUCAAGGAAUGGGGACCAAAUGAUUCAAUUUACGGUUCACGUCACUUAGCCAAGCUAUGGGAGGAGGACGGCACCUUAAACCGUUUGGAUAUGUUGGUGCUAUUGGAUUUAAUUGGUUCGGCGGAUCCAACCUUUUACAGUUUUUUCCCCAAUACAGAAGGUUGGUAUUCGCGUUUGGUAUCGUUGGAAGAGCGUCUUUCGGAUUUAAAUAUGUUGCAACGGUAUAUAAGUAGCGGUGUAUCGCGUCAAUACCCGAAUCGUUAUUUUCAACCAAAUACAUUACGUUCAUCAAUGGUUGAAGAUGACCAUCUGCCUUUCUUAAGACGAAAUGUUCCCAUAUUGCAUCUAAUACCGCUACCGUUCCCCACUGUUUGGCAUACGAAAGAUGACAACAAUUCCAUAAUUGACUAUAUCGCAACGGAAAAUAUCUCAUUAAUACUCCGCUUAUUUAUCAUGGAAUACUUGCAAAGCGCAACUGAUGAGAAGUGAAUUCUGAGAAAGCAAGAGGUACAAAGCAAAGAGUACUUACGUA